GCAAUAUUGCCUUUAGCAGAAAGACAUGAUCAUGAAACACCAGAAAUGUGGUGCUCUCGUAUUCGUGAUCCAUUUAGGAAAAUACUAGAAGAGAACCCAAGAAUCCUUUCUAAGAAUGGAUAUAUUACAAUGUAUGGAAAGCUAUAUGUAGAUGAUAAGAUUCAUAAUCGUCCAACCAAUUAUAUAUAUUGCAGUGUAUGUAACUCCUUAGUUUUCACACCUGCAAAUAGUCUUUUUGAGGAUCACUAUGGAGAUAACCACUUGAAGAGAUGUAUUUCUGGAAAUACUAUUUUGAAUGAACAUGCAAGAAGAAAUGAAAUUCUCAAAUCUAUUGAUACAAGGGAAUUUCAGAUCUGGCAAUAUAAACAAUACAUAUUACAAGAAGAGGCUAAAAUUAAUCGUCUUCAGCUAGAGCUUUCAUUCCAAUCUACUCCACAUUCAGAAAAGGAUAAAUUGGCAUCGAUAUCAUAUGAUAUUAAUGGAAAUUUUACGGCUAGCUAUGAAAAUUAUGCACAAUCUAAAGCAAAAGAUACUAUGCCAAAUGCUCCAAAUUUCGAGCUAGCUUAUAUUUCACCUACUAGACAAGAAACGAUUUUACCAACUUCUUAUCAAUCAUCAAGUCCUAGCCAAAGGCGCUCAGAGUAAGGGAUUACAAGUGAAAUAUUUAUCUCAUCUGACUAUUGAAGAUUAAUAUCAUUUAGCUAAAGGCGUAAUAUAUAACUUAUACUUUAUUUUUUAUGCUAAAUAAUCUGCAUAUAUGAUCGCCUAGUAAAAUUGGUUGAAGGCGCUAUACAUUUCAUGUAUUACCUGCCAAAUUUUUCAGAUUAGUCCUUAACCCAGAUCCUGGUUAAGAUCAUGCACUUUCUAAGGAUUGAUAUAAAUUGAUCCAAGGGUUCUCCCAUUCUCUUUUAUAAUCACAAAAAAAGAAUGUCAUUUUACAGAUCUCACCCAAGGCAGAGAAGAACAUGUGAAGAACAUAAAGCUGAGCUGAAAGAAGAGAACUAUCAUCUUCAUA